AUGGUGAAGAGCUACACCUCGUACCCUCACACCCUCCAGUUGAGGAGACUGGGCAGAAUCAAUUUAAAACUCUUGGGGGAAAAGAGCAUUGCUUUUUUAGCCUUUAAAUGUUUUGACUUUCUGUAUAUCUUGUUACACUGGGCCUCCCUGUGUUUCUUUUCCAGACCCAGUGGCUUAUUGGCUCAGGAACGCAAGCUUUGUCGGGAUCUAGUCCAUAGCAACAAAAAGGAACAGGAAUUUCGUUCCAUUUUCCAGCACAUACAGUCAGCUCAGUCUCAGCGGAGCCCCUCUGAACUGUUUGCCCAGCAUAUAGUGACCAUUGUUCACCAUGUGAAAGAGCAUCAUUUUGGGUCCUCGGGAAUGACAUUGCAUGAGCGCUUUACUAAAUACCUAAAGAGAGGAACUGAGCAGGAGGCAGCUAAAAACAAGAAAAGCCCGGAGAUACACAGGAGGAUAGACAUUUCUCCCAGUACAUUCAGAAAACAUGGUUUGGCUCAUGAUGAAAUGAAAAGUCCACGGGAACCUGGCUACAAGGCUGAGGGAAAAUACAAGGAUGAUCCUGUCGAUCUCCGCCUUGAUAUUGAACGUCGUAAAAAACAUAAGGAGAGAGAUCUGAAACGAGGUAAAUCAAGAGAAUCAGUGGAUUCCAGAGACUCAAGCCACUCGAGGGAAAGAUCAGCUGAGAAAACAGAGAAAACUCACAAAGGAUCAAAGAAGCAGAAGAAGCACCGGAGAGCACGAGACCGGUCCAGGUCUUCCUCCUCUUCCUCCCAGUCAUCCCACUCCUACAAAGCGGAAGAGUACACGGAAGAGACGGAGGAGAGAGAAGAGAGCACCACGGGCUUUGACAAGUCAAGACUAGGGACCAAAGACUUCGUGGGCCCAAGUGAGAGAGGCGGCCGAGCUCGAGGGACCUUCCAAUUUCGAGCCAGAGGGAGAGGCUGGGGCAGAGGCACCUACUCUGGUAACAACAACAACAACAGCAACAACGAUUUUCAGAAGAGAAACCGGGAGGAGGAAUGGGACCCCGAGUACACGCCUAAAAGCAAGAAGUAUUACCUGCACGAUGACCGCGAAGGUGAAGGCAGUGAGAAGUGGGUGAGCCGGGGCCGGGGCCGAGGAGCCUUCCCCCGGGGUCGAGGCCGGUUCAUGUUCCGGAAAUCCAGCACCAGCCCCAAAUGGGCCCACGACAAGUUUAGUGGGGAGGAAGGGGAGAUUGAAGACGACGAGAGUGGGACAGAGAACCGAGAAGAGAAGGACAAUUUACAGCCCACAACUGAGUAGGGGCCACUCUGAUGGGAGCCCCUGCCCAGGGGAGAGAGGGCGCUGGGAAGAUGGCUGGUGAAGAGCAAAACAGAGGAGCCUCAAGAUUGCAAAAAUCCCACCCCUACCCCCCACCAGCCAGCCACGCAGAGUCCUACUACAGCCGAAAGCAUCCCUGGCGCUGCGUCCCACUGGACAGAGGCGGCCGGCCGAGGAGCUGGGGUCAGGUCCGGCCCUUGAGCAGAACACAGCACAUUGGGCUUUAGCUGUGUUUCUCAUUUGUUGUUGGUGUGUGGGGUGGGGGCUGGGGUGGGGAGGGGAGAGCGAUACUUGGAUUUUGGUUUGUUCCCGAUUAGAAACCAACAGUUUUGUUCUUACUUUCAUUUGGAGCUAAGAGGACUAAUUUGAUGAUUUUCAGUCUCUUCUCCCUUAUCCUGAUUUUAAAAGCCCUUCUUCUUCUUCUUCCUUUUUUUUUUUUUUUUUUUUUAAGGCAUAUGUAGUAGUAAUAGAAAGAUUUAAUUUGGGCAACUUUGAUUCUUCAAAGAGAAAACAAAGCAUGUGAAUAAACAUUGAAGUGUUCACCUCAGUUUGGGACCAAACUGCUUGGAUCUUUGUAAAAAUCGGUUUUGUAUGUCGAGGAGGAGUUCAAGGCCUUUCUGACCACCUUGUGUUCCCCUUUUCUGCACAGCCAUGUAUCCCAUGGUGUGCUGCUGACCACACCCCACGUGCCCCCCCACCCCAA